AUGAAGGAUGAGAGGACAGGGGAUGUGGUGCUUGCUGCUGCAUUGCCUGCAGUCCUGGGAACCAACCCGUGUGCGGACAGGAACGGGGGGUGCAGCCACCUGUGCUUCUUCACGCCCCACGCAACCCGGUGUGGCUGCCCCAUCGGCCUGGAGCUGCUGAGUGACAUGAAGACCUGCAUCGUGCCCGAGGCCUUCUUGGUCUUUACCAGCAGAGCCGCCAUCCACAGGAUCUCCCUUGAGACCAACAACAACGACGUGGCCAUCCCGCUCACGGGCGUCAAGGAGGCCUCAGCCCUGGACUUCGAUGUGUCCAACAACCACAUCUACUGGACAGACGUCAGCCUGAAGACCAUCAGCCGUGCCUUCAUGAAUGGGAGCUCGGUGGAGCACGUGGUGGAGUUCGGCCUUGACUACCCCGAGGGCAUGGCCGUUGACUGGAUGGGCAAGAACCUCUACUGGGCUGACACCGGGACCAACAGGAUCGAAGUGGCGCGGCUGGACGGGCAGUUCCGGCAAGUCCUCGUGUGGAGGGACUUGGACAACCCGAGGUCACUGGCCCUGGAUCCGACCAAAGGCUACAUCUACUGGACCGAGUGGGGCGGCAAGCCGAGGAUCAUGCGGGCCUUCAUGGACGGGACCAACUGCAUGACGCUGGUGGACAAGGUGGGCCGGGCCAACGACCUCACCAUUGACUAUGCUGACCAGCGCCUCUACUGGACCGACCUGGACACCAACAUGAUCGAGUCGUCCAACAUGCUGGGUCAGGAGCGGGUUGUGAUUGCCGACGACCUCCCGCACCCGUUCGGUCUGACGCAGUACAGCGAUUAUAUCUACUGGACGGACUGGAAUCUGCACAGCAUCGAGCGGGCUGACAAGACCAGCGGCCGGAACCGCACCCUCAUCCAGGGCCACCUGGACUUCGUGAUGGACAUCCUGGUGUUCCACUCCUCCCGCCAGGAUGGCCUCAACGACUGCAUGCACAACAACGGGCAGUGCGGGCAGCUGUGCCUUGCCAUCCCCGGCGGCCACCGCUGCGGCUGUGCCUCACACCACACCCUGGACCCCAGCAGCCGCAACUGCAGCCCGCCCACCACCUUCUUGCUGUUCAGCCAGAAAUCUGCCAUCAGUCGGAUGAUCCCGGAUGACCAGCACAGCCCGGAUCUCAUCCUGCCCCUGCAUGGGCUGAGGAACGUCAAAGCCAUCGACUAUGACCCACUGGACAAGUUCAUCUACUGGGUGGACGGGCGCCAGAACAUCAAGCGAGCCAAGGACGAUGGGACCCAGCCCUUUGUUUUGACCUCUCUGAGCCAAGGCCAAAACCCAGACAGGCAGCCCCACGACCUCAGCAUCGACAUCUACAGCCGGACGCUGUUCUGGACGUGCGAGGCCACCAAUACCAUCAACGUCCACAGGCUGAGCGGGGAAGCCAUGGGGGUGGUGCUGCGUGGGGACCGCGACAAGCCCAGGGCCAUCGUCGUCAAUGCGGAGCGAGGGUACCUGUACUUCACCAACAUGCAGGACCGGGCAGCCAAGAUUGAACGUGCAGCCCUGGACGGCACUGAGCGCGAGGUCCUCUUCACCACCGGCCUCAUCCGCCCCGUGGCCCUGGUGGUGGACAAUACACUAGGCAAGCUGUUUUGGGUGGACGCGGACCUGAAGCGCAUUGAGAGCUGCGACCUGUCAGGGGCCAACCGCCUGACCCUGGAGGACGCCAACAUCGUGCAGCCUCUGGGCCUGACCGUCCUUGGCAAGCACCUCUACUGGAUCGACCGCCAGCAGCAGAUGAUCGAGCGUGUGGAGAAGACCACCGGGGACAAGCGGACUCGCGUCCAGGGCCGUGUCGCCCACCUCACUGGCAUCCACGCGGUGGAGGAAGUCAGCCUGGAGGAGUUCUCAGCCCACCCAUGUGCCCGUGACAAUGGUGGCUGCUCCCACAUCUGUAUUGCCAAGGGUGAUGGGACACCACGGUGCUCAUGCCCGGUCCACCUCGUACUCCUGCAGAACCUGCUGACCUGUGGAGAGCCGCCCACCUGCUCCCCAGACCAGUUUGCAUGUGCUACGGGCGAGAUCGACUGUAUCCCCGGGGCCUGGCGCUGUGACGGCUUUCCCGAGUGCGACGACCAGAGCGACGAGGAGGGCUGCCCCGUGUGCUCCGCCGCCCAGUUCCCCUGCGCGCGGGGCCAGUGUGUGGACCUGCGCCUGCGCUGCGAUGGCGAGGCCGACUGUCAGGACCGCUCAGACGAGGCGGACUGUGACGCCAUCUGCCUGCCCAACCAGUUUCGGUGUGCCAGCGGCCAGUGUGUCCUCAUCAAGCAGCAGUGCGACUCCUUCCCCGACUGCAUCGACGGCUCCGACGAGCUCAUGUGUGAAAUCACCAAGCCACCCUCAGAUGACAGCCCGGCCCACAGCAGUGCCAUCGGGCCCGUCAUUGGCAUCAUCCUCUCCCUCUUCGUCAUGGGUGGUGUCUAUUUUGUGUGCCAGCGCGUGGUGUGCCAGCGCUACGCGGGGGCCAACGGGCCCUUCCCGCACGAGUAUGUCAGCGGGACCCCACAUGUGCCCCUCAAUUUCAUAGCCCCAGGCGGUUCCCAGCAUGGCCCCUUCACAGGCAUCGCAUGUGGAAAGUCCAUGAUGAGCUCCGUGAGCCUGAUGGGGGGCCGGGGCGGGGUGCCCCUCUACGACCGGAACCACGUCACAGGGGCGUCGUCCAGCAGCUCGUCCAGCACGAAGGCCACGCUGUACCCGCCGAUCCUGAACCCGCCGCCCUCCCCAGCCACGGACCCCUCCCUAUACAACAUGGACAUGUUCUACUCUUCAAACAUUCCGGCCACCGCGAGACCGUACAGGCCCUACAUCAUUCGAGGAAUGGCGCCUCCCACGACACCCUGCAGCACCGACGUGUGUGACAGUGACUACAGCGCCAGCCGCUGGAAGGCCAGCAAGUACUACCUGGAUUUGAACUCGGACUCAGACCCCUACCCGCCCCCACCCACGCCCCACAGCCAGUACAUGUCGGCAGAGGACAGCUGCCCGCCCUCGCCCGCCACCGAGAGGAGCUACUUCCACCUCUUCCCGCCCCCUCCAUCCCCCUGCACGGACUCAUCCUGACCUUGGCCGGGCCACUCCGGCUUCUCUGUGCCCCUGUAAAUAGUUUUAAAUAUGAACAAAGAAAAAAAUAUAUUUUAUGAUUUAAAAAAUAAAUAUAAUUGGGAUUUUAAAAACAGGAAUGUGAACAGUGAUGGGGUGGGCAGGGCUGGGAGAACUUUGUACAGUAGAGAAAUAUUUAUAAACUUAAUUUUGUGAAACAGA